UGUUCUUCCAGCGGACUAGCUAGGAUAUUCUUGCUGUUUCCAUUCUCAAGCUUCUUCUAACUUUUGGGUAGUAGUUCCCCUCGACCUCUUCUCACUAUUGCAACUCUCCCUUCCCCCUCCUCAAAGCAAAAUAUUUAGAAGUCCCUGGACAUCUACCGGCCCUGCAACAGGAGCUCCAGCAGCCCCACAUUCCACGGAUUCCUGCUCUGUGACGUCCCCAAGGACGGAGCUCCGCGAGCUGAGCAGGGCUGCUUCGGCUAGGGAGCUCCAGCUUCGUGUUCCAAAGCCACACAGAAACAAACACAGAGACACACACAAACGCGCACACGCACAGAGCCCCAAGCCUACACCUUUGGGACUCCCCUUCGGGCCCCAUUCCAUCCCGCCCCCCCCUGCGAACUCCUUCCCUCUCUUCUUCCUCUCGACACCCCAGCGCCAGUGAGCCCAGCCGGGCUGGGGGGUGGGGACGCCGCUGCCCCCGGCGCCUGCUUCGUCUCCUUUCCCCUGAGCGGCCCCUUUCCUCCUCCCCUCUCUCCUGCUUGCAUUUCCUGCGGCUCUCCUUUGCUUAGCCCACCAAAGUCAGUGCAAACUUUUCCCUCCCCGAAGUGCAACGUGAGCAGAUCCUGGGGCAGGUUGCCGUAACUUUUUAUUUUUGCCUCCGCCCCGCCGCCCCCUCUUCCAACCUUCAGUUCUCCUGGGAGCAAACACAAAGUAGCUGCUAGCGGGCCCUCCCUCUCCCUCCCACCUCACCCCAUCCUUUUGGGCCUUAAGCCUUGGGAUCUCCCGAACAAAAACCCACACUGGAUGACUAGCUUUCUCUUCUCACUCUCUUUCCCCUUUUCCUCCUGCUGUCCUUCUCUUUCCUUCCCUUCCUGGACUCUCUUCGCUUGAUCAGAGCGGAAACCUCCCUCCCCUUUCUCCUCCUCCUCCAACUACUUCCCCCCCUCCCCUUCCCAAAUCAGCCACUGUAAUAAAUUCCUUGGGGAAUUGGAGCUUCUGCCGCUGCCGACCUUUUCGUGGGGAACUCGGGACUUCUGUCCUGGGGGGACGUGUAAGCAGAAAACAGAAGUAAGAUCAGUGGAUGACUUUUACGUAGAAGCAGAUUUUGGCUUUUGGAUGUUUGUAAUGAUUAGAGCUCUCCAGAAGUGGAACGACUUCUCUCAUAAGUUUGCAGCUGUGCCGCAGGAGUGCUUUGUUGGGUAUGGACACCUCUUCCCAUACAUGGAGGAUCAGACCAGCUAGAGAAGUCCCCAAACCACACUAUUGCUGAAGUGAUUCUUAGACAAGGCGGGCAGCUGCCUUUGGCCACAUAGCCAUGCCAUUUGGGCUGAAACUUCGCCGGACACGGCGCUACAAUGUCUUAAGCAAGAACUGCUUUGUCACUCGCAUCCGCCUGUUAGACAGCAACGUGAUAGAGUGUACGCUGUCAGUGGAGAGCACAGGGCAAGAGUGUCUGGAAGCUGUGGCUCAGAGGCUGGAGCUCCGAGAGACACACUAUUUUGGCCUCUGGUUUCUUAGCAAGAGCCAGCAAGCACGAUGGGUGGAGCUGGAAAAACCUCUGAAGAAGCAGCUGGACAAAUUUGCCAACGAGCCUUUGCUUUUUUUUGGAGUCAUGUUCUAUGUGCCAAAUGUGUCACAGCUUCAGCAGGAGGCCACAAGGUAUCAGUAUUACCUACAAGUCAAAAAAGAUGUCCUGGAUGGACGCUUGCGAUCCACCCUGGAACAGGGGAUCCGACUAGCAGGCUUAGCUGUACAAGCUGAUUUUGGGGAUUACAGUCAAUUUGAAUCUCAAGAUUUCCUCCGAGAAUAUGUGUUAUUUCCUAUGGACUUGGCAUUGGAAGAAGCUGUCUUGGAGGAACUGACCCAGAAAGUGGCCCAAGAACAUAAAGCACACAGUGGAAUCCUGCCAGCAGAAGCUGAACUCAUGUAUAUCAAUGAAGUGGAACGUUUGGAUGGGUUUGGACAGGAAAGCUUCCCUGUGAAGGAUAAUCAUGGAAACAAUGUGCACCUGGGUGUUUUCUUCAUGGGAAUUUUUGUGAGGAACAGAAUUGGAAGGCAACUAUCAAUACACAGGUGGAAUGAUAUUGGCAAUAUCACGCAUAACAAGUCUACCAUCCUACUGGAACUAAUCAAUAAAGAAGAGACUGCUCUCUUUCACACAGAUGAUAUUGAAAAUGCUAAAUAUAUUUCUCGGUUGUUUGCUACAAGACACAAAUUUUACAAGCAGAACAAAAUUUGUACUGAACAGUCAAGUUCUCCUCCUCCCAUCAGACGACAACCUACCUGGAGUCGGUCAUCACUGCCAAGACAACAGCCAUAUAUCUUGCCUCCUAUGCAUGUCCAAUGUGGAGAACACUACACUGAAACUCACACUUCCCAAGACAGCAUUUUCCACGGGAAUGAAGAAGCCUUCUACUGCAGAUCCCAGACCAGCCUGGACCGGUGUGCAUUGGACUUAAGUUACUUAAAUGGUACUGUUACAAACGGCAGUGUCUGCAGUGCCCACAGUGGGAACUCCCUCAAUUGCUCCCAGAACUUCAUCCAGGCUUCUCCAGUGUCUUCCAACCUCAGCAUCCCAGGGAGCGACAUCAUGCGGGCCGACUACAUCCCAAGCCACCGCCACAGUGCCAUCAUCGUCCCCUCGUAUCGGCCGACUCCCGAUUACGAAACAGUGAUGCGCCAGAUGAAGCGGGGUGUGAUGGCGGUGGACAGCCAGAGCCAGUCUCUUAGGAAUCUCAACAUAGGCAACACUCAUGUGUACAACCAGCCAGAGGACCUGGUUUACAGUCAGCCCGAGAUAAGGGAGCGACAUCCUUACACCGUUCCUUACGUGCCGCAUGGAGGCUACAACAAGCCUGUGGGCCGAGCUGACCAAAUCAAGCCAGGUGGUAAGACUGUGCACGGGAAGAAGGUCCCCAGCGCCAUCUCCCACACGGUGAGCACCCCGGAGCUGGCCAACAUGCAGCUGCAAAACAACCACAGUUACAACACUGCUCACAUGCUCAAGAAUUACCUCUUCCGGCCUCCGCCCCCCUACCCCCGCCCGCGCCCCGCCACCAGCACGCCCGACCUUGCCAGCCACCGCCACAGAUAUGUCAGCGGGAGCAGCCCCGACCUGGUUACCCGGAAGGUCCAGCUGUCCGUGAAGACUUUCCAAGAGGACAGCUCACCGGUCGUCCACCAGUCGCUCCAAGAGGUCAGCGAGCCCCUGACGGCCAACAAGCGCCAUUCCGCCGUCAAUAAGCGCCAUAGUCUGGAAGUAAUCAGCAACAUGGUGCGGGGGAUCGAAGCCAUGGCUCUCAAGACGCUCAAUGCUCCGAUACCACGCCGAAAUACCCUUCGUGAACAGGUGCCACCGGAGGAAGUGCCAAUGAGCCACGAUCAUCUGCCCUCCGCCCACUACCAUCACAAGAAGACCUCCUCCGAUGCUACGAUGCUCAUCCACAGUAGCGAGAGUGAAGAGGAAGAAGAGACUCCUGAGGCAGUUCCCCGAAUCCCUGCCCUCCGAGAGAACGUGAGGUAUAGUGCCCAGCUGCAGGCCGCAUUGGCCCGAAUCCCCAACAAGCCACCUCCCGAAUAUCCAGGACCAAGGAAAAGUAUCAGCAACGGGGCCUUGAGGCAAGAUCAAGUGAGCAUGUCCGCAGCCACUGCAAGAAGCAGGGUCAUGAGGCCGGGGCCCCCCAAAGCUAUCAGUGUGUCUCGCCCAGACCAGCUCACCAUCAAUGGAUCUUCUCUCGGCCCCUCGAUCUCAGAACCCGACCUCACAAGUGUGAAGGAACGGGUCAAGAAGGAACCGGUGAAGGAGAGACCUGUUUCUGAAAUGUUUUCUCUAGAGGACAGCAUUAUCGAAAGAGAAAUGAUGAUCAGGAAUCUAGAGAAGCAGAAGAUGGAGGCUCAGAAGAGACCACUCAUGUUGGCGGCAUUGAAUGGGCUCUCAGUGGCCCGGGUACCAGGGCGUGAAAUUAGCCACGAUGAUGCAUCUCGGAUGACAAUGGAUGAUCGGUUUAGAACUCUGAAGAAGAAGUUGGAAGAGGGAUUGGUAUUUACAGAAUAUGAGCAAAUUCCAAAGAAGAAGCCAGAUGGUGUUUUCACUACUGCCACACUCCCAGAAAAUGCUGAGCGGAGCCGAAUUCGUGAGGUGGUCCCCUAUGAGGAAAAUCGUGUUGGGCUGGUACCAACCAAAGAAAAUAGCACUGGGUAUAUCAAUGCCUCCCAUAUCAAGGUAGCUGUUGCUGGAGAACAAUGGCAUUAUAUAGCAACUCAAGGUCCUCUGCCGCAUACCUGCCAUGACUUCUGGCAGAUGGUGUGGGAGCAAGGUGUGAAUGUGAUUGCCAUGGUUACAGCAGAAGAGGAAAGCGGAAGAACCAAGAGCCAUCGGUACUGGCCCAAACUGGGUUCUAAGCACAGCUCAGCCACCUAUGGCAAGUUCAAGGUGACCACAAAGUUCCGAACUGAUUCUGGUUGCUAUGCUACCACAGGUCUGAAGGUCAAGCAUCUUUUGUCUGGGCAGGAGAGGACAGUGUGGCACUUGCAAUAUACUGACUGGCCAGAUCAUGGUUGUCCAGAGGAUGUCCAAGGCUUUUUAUCAUAUUUGGAGGAGAUACAGUCAGUGCGUCGCCAUACCAACAGCAUGCUGGAUAAUACCAAGAAUUGCAACCCUCCGAUUGUAGUUCACUGCAGUGCUGGUGUAGGGAGGACAGGGGUGGUCAUUCUCACUGAACUGAUGAUAUGCUGCUUGGAACACAAUGAAAAGGUGGAUGUGCCCAUGAUGUUGAGACACUUGAGAGAACAGAGAAUGUUCAUGAUCCAGACCAUCGCUCAAUACAAGUUUGUCUACCAGGUCCUUAUCCAGUUUCUCCAAAACUCCAGACUCAUUUAAUUUCUCAUGAGCUACAGCUCCUUGUAGGAAUGGGUCCUACAGAAGCUUGUGGAGUGAAAAGGCCUCCAGACAACAUCUGGUGAGCCAAUAUGGUGCAGCUGGCUGGCAACAAGCACACCCCAAUCUCGCCAAAGUUAGGAGCUCAAAGGUUCCUCAUGGGAGGAACAUGAAAGAUCCUCAUGGAUUAUUUUAUAUGAGAUAAUUUAUUUUUUCCCUUUGGAAUAACUUUUGUGAAUUUCUGUAAUAUCUUGUUGUACCAUUUAUAAUGACUCUGUGUUGAACCACAUUUUGACUGAUCUGCAUUGUUACUUCUUUGUGGGGAAGAUUGCCUGCUGGGUCACCUUAUGGACCGAGGCUUAAGAUAGGAAGCACAUCUCAUUUGUAGUUUUCUAACAAACUUUAUAAUUCAUUAUCAGUUCAAUUGUUCAAAUAUAAAGGAGGCAAAGGAAUGAUUCCUUCAUAGAAAAAGCAAGGAAAAGUCUCCCUGAGUGAUUUCAAUGAGUAUUUUUGCUUUUUAGACUUUCCGGCUGCUCUCUCCUUUCCCUUCUAAUUCUCUUUCCAUUACCCUCAUUAGCCUCUCAGUUUCUGAGAUUAAGUUAGUGUUUGGGAAACCAGAAAAAAAAAUUUCUUCUUCUUGCUUUGAGCAUUGCAAACUCUCAAGCUAGAUAGAGUGCUCUUGUCUCAGCCACCCACAAUUCUGAGAUAAGUAUUCUGUGUUUCCCUCCCAGGGACUAUGUUUCUUGUAGUUGCUUCCUUUGGUGGGUUCAUUGGAUGAGCCCAGUGGCCUUUGGGGCACUCUGCCAACCCCAUCUGUUCAGUCAGGCUAGCUGCCUGAUUGCUAUCAGCUGAUGGACCAAAGUGAAAAGGUACUUGACAUUUUUCGUUAUUUAAAUAUAGUGGAUAGGUGCCCGGUGGGCUAGGUGAUAGAUGCAGUUAGUCUAUCCAUCAGUCCAUCAAUAAGUUAUUGGAAAUGUUGCAAAGGAAACAGUUGGGUGAUCUGAUUUAUAGGAGCUCUUUGGCACUCGUAUAGCCAGUGCCUUGGCAGGAAACUCCCAAAAAGCUUAACUACAGUAUGUGUUACUCAUCUCUAUCUUUGAAUGACCUAUAAAGACAAAAGCCAGGACUAUCAAUAACCCAAGAGCUGAUCCAAGUCCAUUGCUUGUUCCUUUCUUGGUGGUCAUAUCCAUUAAUUCUUCUACUGAAAUACUUUAAUUUUUAUAUACUCAGCACAGGCUAGUUCCACUACCACCCCUGUCUUGAGAUCUCUUUGGCAUUCUGUCUUAUCAGUUGUACCAUCAGUAACCCUUGUAAUUUUCUUGCAUUGGUAUAUUGUGUUUCAUCUUGUUUACUCCUGGCAUGGAUUUAAUUCAGUGCUUGAUUAGACUUGUCUUUGAUUCUCCAAUUCUUUUAGGAGACAGCCAUAUUGCAGUGCCUUUACCAAAAAAAAAAAAAAAAAAAAAAAAAAAA